AUGGAUAAUGAUGAUAGAUUUAAUCAAGUCAAUACUCUCAUUAGAAAAGAAGGAAUAACAAUCAAAGGAUAUUGUGUGAAUGAUAAAAGAAUGAUUUGUUUCAGUGAUAAUAAUAGAAUCAUUUAUUAUAACAUUGAUACACAAGAAAGUAUAAUUCAUACACCACCACCAUUAAUGAAAUCAGCACCAAUUAUUAGUAUUGAUUGUUAUGAAGAUUUAAUACUCACAAUUUCAAGUGAUUUCACUGUAUUAGUCAUUGAAAUUGAAACAUAUCGAGUGUUUUAUCGACAAGUGAUUUCAGGAGCAACCAAAGGAUACUUUUUAUCAGCAAGAAUCUUUACAUUAUAUUCAAAUGAUAAAACACUGAGAGUAAUUGAAUAUCCUGAUACAUCGAUUCUUGGAUUUGGACAACGAGGACAUGUUGAUGUAUUAUCAAAUUCAUGUUUAACACAUGUCACAGCAAAAACAAAAGAAGUCGGACAAUUUAUGUUAGCAACAAGUAAAUCAGUAUUUUUAUGGUUAUGUGAUUUAAAUGAUGAGAAAAUGAAUAGAAAUGAAUCAAAAUAUCAGAGUUGUAUUCCACCAUUCACAUGUCCACCAACAGAAUAUUAUCUGUAUAAAAAAAUCCAAAGUAUUUCAUCAACACCUAUUCUUCAAAUUGAAAAGAAGGAAACACUCCCACAUCUUUGUAUAUUACAUAAUAACACAAUAAGUUUGUAUGAAGAAAGAUUUGAUGAAGGGAAAUUUAGUAUUGAAAUAAUUCAAGAAAUCAAAGUUAAAUCACCAAUAUCUAUUAUUUGCUGUGAUACAAUCAUUUUAACACAAUAUAAUAAUCAAAUUAAAGUUAAUCAAGGGAAUAGAGAGAAAGAAAUAAUAAAUAAUACACCAAUAGAAGAAAUUCAGAAUAAUGAUAAAAUGAUAGUAAUACUCACAAUGAAUAGAUUCAAAAGUAUAGACAUUCCAACAGAAGAAGAAAUGAUAGAUGAGAUAGAAAAUGAAGAAGAACAAAUAAAGAUAUGCAUUGAAAGAAAAGGAACAAUGAAAAGAAAAGGAAAAGAAAUCAUAAGUAAAAUGGCAAAAGAAGGAAAAGAUUGUUGGGAAUAUGCAAAAGAAUUAGAAUGUGUUGAUACAUUAAUUGAAUCCACUCCUGAUGAACAAAAAGAAAUAAUAAUGAAUAAAAUAAUUUCAGAAAUAAAUGAGAAAGGAAAAUUGAAAUAA